AUGAGGGAGCACUUGUACGCACUAGGAGUAUCCUGUAUUCAGUUCAUUCAGUAUUGGUGUUCUGACUAUGCACCAUUCUUUGAGCAAGUGAACAACUUCUACAAUCCAAACAAUGUACUGGAAGUACUUUUUCCUGUUGUCUCAUUUUUGGACUCGGUGUUUGCAUCGCAACUGCUCCUUGUCACGUCUUUUGGUGGCUGGCUCAACUGUGUCUUAAAAUGGAUUUUCUUAGAAGACCGCCCAUUCUGGUGGGUGAGAGAAACAGACUAUUAUGCAGGAUCCACAAGACCUAAAUUAUUGCAAACCUCACAGACUUGCGAGACAGGCCCAGGGAAUCCGUCUGGUCACACGGCCACAGCAGCAUCAGUUUUAGUUCUUGCUAUCAUGUGGAUUUCACAUAUUUGUAAUGAUCGCAAAUGGAAUUCUGCAUAUUGGAAGUAUGCCAUGUACCCGCUAUUUGUCAGUCAGCUGUUGAGUGUAAUGCUCGCUCGGAUGUACAUAGCCACUCACUUCCCGCACCAGUGUCUUCUAGGAGCUCUUGUUGGUGCCUUUAUAGCUCCAGCGCUGUGCAUCUUCGUAUCGGACCCGUACAUCUGGCACUACGGCUGGUACGCGAAGGAGACCGCGCGUCGUGCUGUCCAGUACCACAUGGGCUGCGCCGUCAGCGCCAUCACCGUCGCCCUCAUAACUUACCACACCCUCAUGUUCUACGAUAUCGACCCACAUUAUACCGUCAAACUGGCGUUCCGUUGGUGCGAGCAACCGGACAACAUACACGUAUCCACCACUCCAUUGUUCGCUCUAGUCCAGUGCACGGGGGCACUGCUUGGUUGGGCUUCGUUCGUUACGCCAGCUGUGGCCAGAUUCCGCCACGACACGUACAAAAGGUCGUUCAUAAUAUCAGCAUUCUCUACACUGUCUAUCACGUACGGUCUGCAUUAUCUCGAGGCGGCAAUACCGAGGCACAGUGUGCCCAUCUUCUACGGGCUCAACUUCGUGUUAAAUGUCGCCAAACCGCUGCUCUACCUCCGAGUGUUGCCAGAGCUCUCGAUGUGGCCGUUUAAGGAUAAAACAGCCUAA